AUGAUCGAAUGGUCGACACCCGCACGCCGGUCUGGGCACCGUUCCCUGUCUCUCAUCCCCAAUGAAGUGUACCUCGAAAUCUUCGCGUACUUGGAGCCCCGCGACGGCUAUGGGACCCUGGAUGCACGCGAAUCGAACCACAUCUUCGUCAACCUAUCGCGCGUCUGCCGCCUCUUCUGCGCCGCGUCUCUGACCGCGCUAUACCGCCGAGUCCGGUUCUCGGCCCGCAACGAAGAUCACACGGCGAGGACGAGGGGCAUGAAUCCGGAUGCCCUAUGCGCGUUGCUCGUGAGACGGCCUCCCAGGGACGCAAUGGACACGUUCGGGCGGUCCAGCGCGUCAGAAAUCGAGUUGGCGAAGAUGAUCGCGUCGUGGGUGAGGGAAUGCGUCUUUGACGCGUGGGCAGAACCCCGCGGGCGGAUUCCCUACGCGCACUUGUUUCUGGAGCGCAACUGGCGCGCUGUGCGCAGGAUGUCAGGUCUCACCGCGCUCACUCUCCGCUCGACGCCCAUCACGAAGGCGCUCCUGCGCACGUUGUCUGCUCUGAGUGGCACCCUGAAACGACUGUCCUUGCGCGCAUGCGCCCUCGAGAGUGUGUUGACGGACAAGCAGAGUCAGUGGCUGGACUCGCUCCGACUGGAUGUGUUGGAGGUUUUCGAGACAUUCGAGUCCUGGGAGGAUAUCCCGCUUGAGGCUAUCCGCCUGAAGGACAUCGUCGAAUUCCGAACCGAUAGUUGGCCAUAUGCGGAGCACUUCCUGAAAUCUUCCUACUCUCGUCUGCGUUGUUUGGAGCUGCACGACGUUUCUGACAUCCCUCUCCUCCUCCGUUUUCUCGAGAAAGCACCCACGCUUCAUGCUCUGACCGUCCAGAGCAUCAUGACCGAUCAUUCGGAAACUCCUCGAGUGGAACUCGAUUCAGAAACCUUACCGCAGCUGGACGCGUUGACGGUGCCUCCCAUGUUGCUCCAAUUUCUAUCGCGCGGUACUGUGCGCACGUUGUCGCUCCUGGGCGAGGAAAGCCACUUGUAUGACGAAGAGAUCGCAUUUUUCCCCCAGUUGCGAGCACUGACAGAGACGGAUCUCGCUUCACUCUUUCGUUCCGAGGCACCUGCGUGUAUAGAAGGACUCGCAAUCCCUGAGCACUUGUACUCGGUUUUCUCAGUGCACAGUCGCUUUCCGAGCUUGACCUGCCUAGUCCUCUCCUUCGAUCAUCAAAACUACGCAAAGCGCCCUAGUUUUGAUUUUCUCAUUCUUCCCUCGUCUUUGGCUUGUCUGUGGGACCUUCAGCUGCAGAAGACGCUCAUCGUGGGGCACAUUAUCGUGUCCUUUCCUCAACUCAACAGCGCGUCGUUCACGAGCUUCGUGAAAUGGGAGCUUCUUAACCACGGCUGGCAUCCGUACGUGCUGCAGGCUGAACGUUCCUUGGUCAAAUCACGCUUGAUAUCCGGGAAGAAACAUACUGAUGUCGAUGGUUGUUUCGCAGCGGUGAAUUGCACCCCAGGCUAA